CACGCGAGGUAAUAACAUGCGGUCGCCAACGCGCUUCAAUCUUUUGGCGCACCGAACACCCAGUUCGGUUCAGCGUGGAUGCAACACAUUUGUUGCAAAUUCACUAAGCAAUCUCAAAUCCUUUGUUUGUAUAUUUAUUUCAAAUAGAAUGGCUGACGAAGGGACGACAGAGCACCGUGAGUUGGUUAGUACUGCGUCCUCAGACGCGCAUGGCGCUAUGGACUGGCUUUCCACCUGAGAGGACACAGAGAACCCUGCGAAAUACAACUCAGUGCAUAAGAACCACUCCGUUCCGUUAUCUCUUGGGGAGAUUAUGUGGAACUCGACCGAAUCGGAGGGAACAUCCGACGGUGGAAAGGAACUGGUCAUCCGGACAGUGACGGGCUGUUUGCUCUCACUGCUCAUCCUAUGGACACUGCUGGGAAACCUUAUGGUGUGCUCUGCCGUGCUACGAAUUCGGCAAUUACGAAGUAAAGUGACCAACAUUUUCAUCGUUUCUUUGGCUGUGUCGGAUUUAUUCGUUGCAAUUCUGGUGAUGCCAUGGAAAGCUGUGGCUGAGGUGGCGGGGUAUUGGCCAUUUGGCACUUUUUGUAAUUACUGGGUGGCGUUUGACAUUAUGUGCUCAACUGCGUCUAUCCUCAACCUCUGCAUUAUCAGCGUGGAUAGAUACUGGGCCAUAUCAAGUCCGUUCCGCUACGAGAGAAAAAUGACCCAACGAGUUGCCUUUGUGAUGAUAAGCGUCACGUGGACUUUGUCUGUUCUCAUUUCAUUCAUACCCGUCCAACUGAACUGGCACAAAGCCAGCGAAGACGAAAGAGUCAGAGCGCAUAACGCCUCCCUGGGUCAAGUAGAGGAAAACUGUGACUCUAGCCUCAACAGAGAAUACGCCAUAUCGUCAUCUUUAAUAAGUUUCUACAUACCCGUAGCAAUUAUGAUUGUGACGUACACGAGAAUCUAUCGGAUUGCUCAGAUCCAAAUCAGGACUAUAGCGUCCCUAGAGCGCGCGGCAGAGCACGCCACAAGUUGCAGGACCAACAGACUCGAGUGCCAACACCACAAUACAUUGAAAACGUCUAUUAAAAGGGAAACCAAAGUUUUAAAAACGUUAUCGAUCAUUAUGGGUGUUUUUGUGUGUUGUUGGUUACCUUUUUUUAUUUUGAACUGCAUAGUUCCAUUCUGUGACAAACCACAGACUGACCAAGAUGCAAGUCUCCCGUGCGUCAGCGAGACAACAUUUGACGUCUUUGUGUGGUUUGGCUGGACUAAUUCAUCCAUGAAUCCUAUUAUUUACGCUUUUAACGCAGAGUUCAGAAAAGCAUUUGCCAGUCUGCUGGGUUGUCGUAAUUUCUGCUCCAGCACACCAGUUGAAACUGUGAAUAUUAGCAACGAGUUGGUCUCCUACAACCAGGACACACUUGUCCAUAAAGAAAUCGUGAACGCCUACGUCAAUAUGAUCCCCAACGUAGUGGAAUGCAUUGAGCACGAGGACACGUUUGACAGGAUAUCACAGCUAACUCACAACAAUGAAAAUGGCACCGACUCCGUUUGUGACUUGGACGACUGUGAGGAAGAGAUUAGCAUCGACAGGAUGACACCAUUUACCCCCAAUGGUUUACAUUGAAUUCACUUGUCUCACCUCGUGCGUAAGAGGAUGUAUUGCUUCAAUCAGAUAUGUGAGAUGUGGUGUUGUUGUCCCAUGCUGAAAAGUGACGUACAUUUGUGUCUUAUAAGAGAAGAUACCAGUCUUUGUUUAUUCAUAUGAUCUCUAAAAGUUCUAGCUUCUAUGUAUUUGGAGCAGCAGAUGUAUUGAAACCAGUUGCUCCAAUUGGUACAAGUUACCCUAGAUGGUAUUCAGAAAUGACUGCUUAUCAUAAUCCGAUCAAUGACAGUGGGACUACCGUCCUACAUACUAUGGAAAAUAUGGUAAACCUUACAGGUGCAGUGUAGCCACAUGCAGUUGUGUAAAUGCCUUAUUUAUUCUGGGAAAGAGUGCAAUAUAAUUUUUAAAACAAGGGGAAUGUUAAAGGAUUACAAAAUGUUUAAUUUACAUGAGGCCAACAUUAAA